AUGAGGAGAUAUCACAAUUAUCUUGAAAAUAAAUUUCAAGAAGUCUCAAGAUCGAAUCAAUACAGAAAAAAUCGUAUAAGAUGUGAAUCAAAUAAUCAAAGCAGUGAUAAUAAUGUCGAAGAUGCUCAAUGGCGGGAUUACUGUAAUCGUCAAUCAUCUAAUGAUAGCGACAACACAGAUUCUGAUAGCUUGAGGCAAUAUAAUAGUAUUCGUUCAUCACCCUUCAAUGAAGCAUUGCUAGCAGACAUUAAAAACAAUAAGCAACUUAGUUCUGACUCAUUGCAUUUAAUACAAGAUCAGUAUAUGGAUCAUAUACAAAAUAAUUGUCAUGAAUCUUCAUCAAUACAUGCAGAUCCAUUUAUUAAGCGAAAUGAUGAACAAUCAUCAAUAUUAGAACAGUAG